UGCAUAAUGAAAUAGCUCCGAAAAUGAUCCAAGAGAGCUGGGAUAUUUAAAGUAGCGUUUGUAGAACGUCCGCAUGAUGACAGGAGCACACAAGAGAGAGAGAACAUGCAGCAUUCCCAUCUCUUCUUCACCAGUGAAGGACGUAGCGGCAGCUGGGCCACAUCUCUUCUUCACCACUGAAGGACGUAGCGGCAGCUGGGCCACAUUGCUGCCUUCUACUGUUUUCUACCUUUUGUGUUCUGGUCGGCUCUCUCUCUCACUCUUGUUUCGCGCACCCACCCCAGUCCCACCCCUCCUCUUAGCAUCUCAAAAGACCACUGAGAGAGAAUCGAUGGCGCAGAGGCCCGCCUUGCUGACAGGACAAUAAAACCACAAAAGAAGAAAAGGGACCUGCCUUAGUCCACUCCGUUGUGAGAUACAGUGAUGCCCCGUCAGACCGAGGACCUGCCCCACAGUCCUGCCUCCUCAACUGGGCACCGUUUUGCUGACAGCCUCUAAUCCCCUGGAGCCUCUGGAGCUUCUGAAUCCUCAAACCCAAGGCAGAGGUUCCCAUGAGGCCCCCCAGGAGAACUCAGCGUGACACCUCUGUAUGGGGCCUCCAGCAUAUGAAGUGCUGAAGAUGCAUCUAGAACGAGAGAGAGAACUAUGUGAUGUGACUUUCUCGUCCUCCUCCUCCUCCUCCUCCUCCUCCUCCUCCUCCUCUCCUUCAGUUGACAUGGAGAAUGAAGACGGAACCUGUCUGCUUGAUGUUUUGUGUGAUCCCCAAGCCUUAAAUAACUUCCUUCAUGGAACAAACGAGCUGCAGAAUGAUGACCUGCUCAUUACCUGUUCCUCUGGAGAGCCCUCCUCCCUCUUCACUGACACCCCAAGCCCAAUGUCUCUGUUGGCAGAUGACAUUACCCCCCCUGCAGAAUGCGUUGACCUGUCCUUCCUGGAAGAGGCUCUACUGGGGGGGUCCCCCGAGGGAGGGAGGGAGAGAAGAGGGGAGGGAGAGGAAGUGCAGGAGGAAGAGGAAGUACCGCCCUGUGACAUUCUCCAGCAGAGUCUUCAGGAGGCUGACAUCACAGAGCACACUAUGGCUCAGGAGGCGGGGCUCAUCCAAACAGGGCCUGGGGAGGGCCACACCCUGUCUCUCUACACACCUGGCCCCCCACUCCUCCUCCCUCCUGCUGCCGUGCCGUUCCUCUCCAAAACCCUAGCCUUCCCUCACCCCCACCCUGGCCCCCCCACCCUGCAACACAGGGACACCCAGGCUGCGGUGGAGCCUCCCCAACCAUCCCUGCUGGCCGUGGGACCAGGCUGCCCCUCCCUGAAGCCUGCUGCUCCCCAGCUGAUGGGCCUCCUCCCUGGGAACAUCUUCCCUGCACCCCCGCCAGAGACUUCCUUCUCCCUGACCCCUGCACAGGCCUCCAACACCUCCUUUUCCCUCAUCCAGAAGGCAGUUCCUAGCCUGACAGGGCGCCCCCUACUGGCCCCAACCCUCAGAGCGGCUGCAGCCCCCGGGAUCUUUCUCCAGAGAGGACCCCUGCCCAUCCAGCCCAAGCUGCCUAUCAGCAUCCAACCCCGACUUGUUCAGAUCAGCCCUAAGCCUCCUGGCCCUGGUGGGCCUGGUCAGAAACCCUCUCCAGGUCUCACCUUCCUCCCUGGGACGCCCUCGUCAAACAUCCUCCUGUCCCCCCCUCCUCCCCAGCCCAAGCCUGCCCAACACCUCACCAAGCCCCAUCCCCAGCCUGCCCAACACCUCACUGCCCCCCACCUCACCAAGCCCCAGCCCGUCAGCCUGCAGCUGGUCAACCAGGGAGGAGGCUCCUUCCUGAUCCAGCCUCAAGGUCUCUUCCAUGGCCAGAAUCAGUUCCUUCUGCCUGGCCAAUCCCCUGUCACUCUGUCCCAGCUCCCUGGCCAAUCUCCUGUCACCCUGUCACAGCUCCCUGGCCAAUCCCCUGUCACCCUGUCCCAGCUCCCUGGCCAAUCCCCUGUCAACCUGUCCCAGCUUCCUGGCCAAUCCCCUGUCACCCUGUCCCAGCUCCCUGGCCAAUCACCUGUCACCCUGUCCCAGCUGCCUGGCGGUUCCGCGCGGCCCCUGUUCACCUCUGGCCACCAGGGAGCAACAGUCCAGUCUGUCCAGGGUAUGACACCCUCCAUGGGCCACCACCUAGUAGAUGGCUCCCAGAUCCUGACGGCCGUGCCCCACCACAGACAGCUCAACUUCAGCCCCCACACAGUCUUCAGCACCACCUCAACAGGCCAGCUCUCCCUCCGCCAGGGAACCCUGCUCUCUGGCUCCCUGCAGCUACAGUCAGGGUCGCCUACUGUCUUCCAGAUGCCAGCCCAGUUGGCGGGUGCCUACAAUCCCCAAGGGUCCCAGGGGCAGGGGGGUCCAGGCCAGCAUGCCACCCUGCUCCACAGCCCUGCUCUAGGGAGCCACAUCACCCUGAUGCACUCUGGGAUGCAGCUCACCUCAACCCACCCAGACAGUCACAUGACCUCGAUUUCCAUCCUCAACACCACCCCUCCUGCUGUAGUACAGGGCCUGCCCUUCACCCCCCAGACCUCCAGACCCCUAGGGGGCGUUACAGAUGGACAGAUCAGUGUUCAGCAGGCGUCUGUAGUGUUGCUGCCUGACAGAGCUGGCCAUGAGGAGAGGAGGGAGCAAGCGGCGUCCCCACACCUGCCUCAGUCGACAAGGCACCUUUUCCAGCAGCAUGCCUCUCUCCAACCCUCCACCGCCAGUCUCCAGUCCACUUCUCCCCCUGUAAUGGCCCUCCUACAGACCCCGCUGGAGGCCCCACAGGCCCUGGACCCACCAGGUAUGCUACCCAAAUACCUGCUAGACCAAGUUGGGACGUUACACAAACACCUGCUGGACCCAGUUGGGAUGUUACCCAAACACCUGCUGGACCCAGUUGGGACAUUACCCAAACACCUGCUGGACCCAGUUGGGACAUUACCCAAACACCUGCUGGACCCAGUUGGGACGUUACCCAAACACUUGCUGGACCCAGUUGGGACGUUACCCAAACACCUGCUGGACCCAGUUGGGACGUUACCCAAACACCUGCUGGACCCAGCUGGGACGUUACCCAAACACCUGCUGGGCCCAGUUGUGACGUUACCCAAACACCUGCUGGACCCAGUUGGGACGUUACCUAAACACCUGCUGGACCCAGUUGGGACGUUACCCAAACACCUGCUGGACCCAGUUGGGACGUUACCCAAACACCUGCUGGACCCAGUUGGGACGUUGCCUAAACACUUGCGGGACCAGACGGAGACAGGGACAAAACCAAGGGUGGAGAAGGUUCACAGCCCCACCCAGGCCUUCAUCCAUCAUCUACAACAGCAAGCACUUACCCCUCCCAAUCCCUCCCCAUCACCUGAGGUCCUGGCUGGGACUGUGUCAGUGGAGGAUCACACUGUCUCCGCUGUGGCCAGUGAGAUGGAGGAGGCCCCUCCACCCAUCCAGCCAGCAGUUCUAGGACAUGCAGGAGCCCAGUCUGCGAUGCCCCUCAGCCCUUGUGUGUUGGUGGCCUAUCCAGCUUCACUACACCCAGAGACAAAGGAGACUACUCUGCUAUGCCACUCUCCUACCCUGCUAUGCCACUCUCCUACCCUGCAAUGCCACUCUCCUACCCUGCUAUGCCACUCUCCUACCCUGCUAUGCCAAUCUCCAUCUGAGCAGGGUUUAGGGACCACACCCCCGGCUGGGCAGGGCUUAUGGACCACACCCCCGAAUGGGCAGGGCUUAUGGACCACACCCCCGAAUGGGCAGGGCUUAAUGAGCACCCCCCCGAAUGGGCAGGGCUUAGUGAGAACACUCCGGAAUGGGCAGGGCUUAGUGAGCACACCCUUUACUAGGCAGGGCUUAGGGUCCACACCACAACAAGACAGUUUAUCUUCCCCACCAAGUGGGGCCACCUCCCUGGGACUGGCUGGGUCUGGAUCUGGGUCUGGAAGUGCCGUCCCUCAAACCCAGGCUGCAGUGUUCAGAAGCCCCUCCCCUCUGCCUGUCAGCACCUCCCCCCAGCUCCAGACUGCAGUGUUCAGAAGCCCCUCCCCUCUGCCUGUCAGCACCUCCCCCCAGCUCCAGACUGCAGUGUUCAGAAGCCCCUCCCCUCUGCCUGUCAGCGCCUCCCCCCAGCUCCAUACUGCAGUGUUCAGAAGCCCCUCCCCUCUGCCUGUCAGUGCCUCCCCCCAGCUCCAGACUGCAGUGUUCAGAAGCCCCUCCCCUCUGCCUGUCAGCGCCUCCCCCCAGCUCCAGACUGCAGUGUUCAGCAAUCCCAGCCCCUCUCCUCUACCUGUCUGUGUGCCUCAGCAGCAGCCUGACCACCUCCUAGCGCAGUCUGACCCCCUCCUAGCGCAGCCUGACCCCCUCCUAGCGCAGCCUGACCCCCUCCUAGAGCCGCCUGACCCCCUCCUAGCGCAGCCUGACCCCCUCCUAGCGCAGCCUGACCCCCUCCUAGCGCAGCCUGACCCCCUCCUAGCGCAGCCUGACCCCCUCCUAGUGCAGCCUGACCCCCUCCUAGUGCAGCCUGACCCCCUCCUAGUGCAGCCUGACCCCCUCCUAGUGCAGCCUGACCCCCUCCUAGUGCAGCCUGACCCCCUCCUAGUGACUCCCAGCUCCUAUGGAGAUCAGGCUAACCAGCAACACACAAAGCAAAGCAAACCACCAGCUGCCUUGGCCAUGGAUGUAGAGGGUAAAGCCUUUACUCUUGAUGUCCAUCCACCUUCUCCCAGACCCCAGUGGCCACCAGGCCCCCACACAGUCCAGGGGCCCAACACAGUUCGUUGGCUCCACACUGUCCAGGAGCCCCAGUACGACCAGGGGCCCCAAUCCCACAGAGAGCAGGACCAGUGGCUCAGAGCAGUUCAGACAGCCCAACAGUCAAAGACAAAGGUGGCCGGUCCUGUGGCGAAGGAGAGAGAGCAGAGACUGACUGAAACGAUGUGCAGGCUCCAGCAGCAGCUGUGUCAGGACCAGAGACCGGUCCAGAGCCCUUACAUCUGUUCUCCCUUCUCCUCAUUGGGGGAGGCUGUGACACACCUGUUACCAUACCACACCUGUGCCGGACACCUGCCUAGUCAGGACGACUUCAACUUAGUGGACAAGCAGUUUGACACUGUGUCCGGGUUCCUACUGAAACGCACCAAGGACAUGAUCAACAAAUACAGACAGCUACUGCUCGGGGAGGCACUGCAGGUGAUGCCGUCGGCAGAGAUGGUGAUGCUGGAUCGUCUGUUCCUCCAAUCAGAGAGGUUUUCCCUGGGGGAGGACCGACACAGGGCCCGUAGAGACCCAGAGUCCUUCCUGAUGACCCUGCAUGCAUCUGAGUCCUCCAGCUCCGCGUCAUCCCGUGUGGGGCUGGAUCGGUCUGGCAGCCUCCCCUCCCCCCCAGCUUGGACCAGACUCUCCGACCGACCCCCGGGACUCAGGACCUACCACUCCACCAGCCGCGGAGGCCUUAGGCUCACCAUCAAACACAAGGCUGGAUCCAGGAUGGUGGUUCACAACUCAGCCUGUGACACCGUGCACGCUACUGCCCCCUCUGGUCACAAGCGGUACUACACCGGCCAACUGAUCAAUGGGAGUGUUGAUCUGACUGAGCAGGGCUCCUCCCAUAGGACCUCCUGCCAUCCAAUCGAUGAGGAGAUGUCGAACGGAGCCCUGCCCUCCAAAGUAGUAGAGGACAUCCCACAUGGUCACCAUAGUGACAGCAGGGAAUCUGUUGCACAGAUUCAGACAGCAGCACUGGGUUCACAAUAUAUAAGUUCCCCAAACUCCCUUACUAUGCCAAGCUUAGACCCACAGACUGCCUGUCUAGAGCCUCCCCUUUCAGACCCUGGAGAGAUGAGUACACCCAAACUGAAACGCUUCAGGCCCAUGCUUCCGGACCUCCCAUUCCAGGCGGACAGGCACAGCGACAGGCCCCCGCCUUUUCCACAGACCAGCUACAGGCCCCCGCCUUUUCCCCAAACCAGCGACAGGUCCCAGCCUUUCCCCCAGACCAGCUACAGGCCCCCGCCUUUUCCACAGACCAGCUACAGGCCCCAGCCUUUCCCCCAGACCAGCGACAGACCCCAACCUCUUCCCCAGACCAGCUAUAGGCCCCAGCCUCUUUCCCAGACCAGCUAUAGGCCCCAGUCUCUUUCCCAGACCAGCGACAGGCUCCAGCCUCUUUCCCAGACCAGCUAUAGGCCCCAGACUCUUUCCCAGACAAGCAACAGGCCCCAUUUUCUUCCCCAGACCAGAGACAGACACCAGCCUCUUUCCCAAACUAGCUACAGGCCCCAGUCUCUUUCCCAGACCAGCAAAAGACCCCAGUCUCUUUCCCAGACCAGCAACAGACCCCAGUCUCUUCCCCAGACCAGCGACAGGCCUCACGCUCUUUCCCAGACCAGCGACAUGCCCCAGCCUCUUCCCCAGGCCAGCUACAGACUCCAGCCUCUUCCCCAGACCAGCAACAGACCCCAGUCUCUUCCCCAGACCAGCGACAGACCCCAGUCUCUUUCCCAGACCAGCGACAGACCCCAGUCUCUUCCCCAGACCAGCGACAGACCCCAGUCUCUUUCCCAGACCAGCGACAGGCCCCAGCCUCUUCCCCAGACCAGCGACAGGCCCCAGCCUCUUCCCCAGACCAGCGACAGGCCCCAGCCUCUUCCCCAGACCAGCGACAGGCCCCAGCCUCUUCCCCAGACCAGCGACAGGCCCCAGCCUCUUCCCCAGACCAGCGACAGGCCCCAGCCUCUUCCCCAGACCAGCGACAGGCCCCAGCCUCUUCCCCAGACCAGCGACAGGCCCCAGCCUCUUCCCCAGACCAGCGACAGGCCCCAGCCUCUUCCCCAGACCAGCGACAGGCCCCAGCCUCUUCCCCACACCAGCGACAGGCCCCAGCCUCUUCCCCACACCAGCGACAGGCCCCAGCCUCUUCCCCGGGCCAGCUACAGACCCCAGCCUCUUCCCCAGGCCAGCUACAGGCCCGAGGCUAGUCCUAGCCCCCAACCCCCCCUGCCAGAGGACAACACCCUCAGUGAACACCUGCAGAGUGCCAUCGACAGCAUCCUGGAGCUGCAGCGCCUGCAGGGUCCCACGGCUGCAGCCCAGCCCCGGAUCCAGGGGGCGUGCCCGGUUGCAGGCCCCGCCUCCCUACUGGACCAGGCCAUCAGUAGCAUCCUACAAGGAAACCUCUAGAGACUCCUGAGAUGAGGGACACCUGGAAGGAAGGGGAAGAACUCAGCCUGUUUCAAAACGCUCGGUCUGCUUUAACCAAGCUAGGAGGACGAGGGAUAAAGACUAGGCACAAAAAAAACAGGAAAUGCAGAGAAAUUUACACCAAGCAUUAUCUUCUAGAUGGCCUUCUAGAUACUUCAUUUGAUGUACAUGUGAGAUUAAAUCUAAUUCAGUAGGAGAUAUACCGUGUCAGUGGUAGUUUGGGGAUCACGACGCCAGGUGUAUCAUAUUUAUAAAUAACAGUGAGAAACAGAGACAGGAGACUGAGAUUAUUCAUAUAAUACUUUUAAUUUUAAUU